AUGAAAGGUUAUGUUAUUGCUCUUAUAGCAUGCGGUUGUGUCGUUACAACUGCAGUGAUUCUUAUCAUAUGCUGUCUUCACAACCGCAAGAAGAAAAAGACAUGGUCUCCACCCCUUCCGCCGCAGUCAAGGGACUUGGAAAACGCUAAAAGUGGCGGUGCAAGAGAUGGUGGUCUGGUUGUUUUGACUGCUACUCCUUCCACUACUACAGUUGCUAAACCUGCGGCUGUAAAAACCAAAGCUUCCGAUGGUGGUGGUAGUCACGGUUCUGGUGGUGGAGGCGGUGAUGCCGGUGGUGGGGAUGGCGGGGGAUGUGGAGGUUGCGGUGGUUGCGGUGGCUGCGGCGGAUGUGGAGGAUAA